CCUUGAACAGUAAAACCUUCACCAAGAUGUUGCAGAGUUGCCUGCAGAGGUGUGAGCACCACAGAGUCAUCCUGGAGGCUGAAGAAAGAUACCGAGGGCAGCUCCGCAGGGUGGCUGCUGGUAACAGCAGAUCUGCAGCUCACCAGAAAAUGCUGCUGACCCCAGUGAAGAAAGACCAGCUGCAUAAAGAAAUACCAACUUUUAGAAGCAAGAAGGAUAGUUUCCAAAGCAUUCUUUUGACUCCAAAUAGAAAAGAUAAAUCUAAUACUUCAAAGAGAGAUGAACAUAGUAGAAAUAUUAGGUGGACCAGCAACUAUAGCUUGACACCUGCAUAUGGAAAGUCUUUACGAAAAACCCAAGAUGCUAACCUGAAGAGACAGGGAGUCAAAGAGAUAUGCAGCCAAAAAUGUCAGCACUUAAAAGAAAAUUGCACACAUUCACUUGACAAAGAUGAGGGCAAUGAAAUGUGUUCCCUGGCCAUGAGCAUGAGACCUUUGAACAAGAGAAGAACCCGAAAAGAUUUCACAACUGAAGAAAUUAACUGCCUUUUGGAAGGAGUCCAGAAAAUGGGCAAUCACUGGAAUUUGAUUUUGUGGUCUUAUCCUUUCCAGAAAGGACGGACGAGUGUUGACCUUUCCAAGAAGUACUACAGGUUACAGAUGCAGGUACUCAUCACUGAAUUUUCUACUGAUGGCAAAUGCUUGUGAGCCCAGUUUUCAUCACUACCCCCCGAACUGACUUGCAGAAAUAAAGACAGGCUUUCAGUGUAUGCAGCCAUGGGAUUGUGCCUUGUGUCAGUGAGAGUGGUCUCAGGUGUAAUUCCACCAGGGCUGGUGCUUGGAGAGAGAGAACUAAAGUAGGGAGAGACCAGAGAGCUUUGGAACCUGCUACUGCCACCUGACAGGGUACAAAGAGAAUGAGAGUGUCAUUAAGGACUCUGAAUUAAUCCCUGUGUUUAUCAGCAAGUUGGUCUCCUCUGCUCAGCCUCUGUUGCGAUGCUGGUCUGUGAGAGCCUCUGCAGCAGUUUCCCAGUGGUUAAUCCGUGCAUCCCUCACACAGGGAGCAUUGCUCCUCUGCUUUGGAGACCAUGGGAGCAAUUAAGUGACAAGCCUUUGCCUACUGAAAGCUGGUCUGUAACUGUGCAGUGGUUUGGGGCAAUAUUUAUCUUGAUAGUUUCUCUUUUUUCUUCAUUUGUAGAUGAAAAAAGCACACAAAGGACAUCAAUAACAUCAUCUGAGAGUGUUUUGCAUUUUGUUGCAGAAUUUUCAAGAACAGCCUUUGUAACAGUAAGGUAUUGCCAGAACAACUUGAGUCUUUGGAGUAUUUAGGUUGGCUUGGACUCCUGUUUUUCAGUAACAAUUAACAGAAUUCUUAUGCAUUGUAAAUUUAAUUUACCAUAACUUGACAAUUUCUUUAAGUAAUGCUAUCAUAGGGAACAAAAUAUCAGUAAAAAUUACAGUAAUUUGGAACUUAAUUUAACCUUCUUGAGCACUUGAUUGAUGCAACUUUUGGAUUCACUUUUUGCAGCUUUCUCUAUACCAUUUGAAAGAAAUGGCUGUAUUCUAAAAUGAGUACUUUAUAUCUGAAACUGCUGUUAAUGUUGUGUCUGAAUCUGUCUCCUCUUAAUAAGUGAAAUGUUUAAAGCAGGUGGAAUAUUUUGUCAUGCAUUGAAUAUGCUGCACGUGCAGAAAAAUGUCUCUGAGAAAACACUGAAUGUGUGGUUGAACACUUGCUGCUCAGAGAAGAAAAAUCUUUCACUGCUACAGAAAUUCUGUACUCACUGUUGAGCUGAAUAGGUACUGAUAGAAUUUGGCUUCUGUUUAUAUUUGGACAGUUUUCUGUUGUAUUUUUCAAGUUAGUGAGCAGAACCACUAUUUCUGCUAAUUACACAUUUUUUAUAGGAAGCUUUACUGAAAGCCUUGGUGACUUGAUUUUUUAGUGAUAGCCUUAGUAUUUCAGUUGUAUUUUUUACUUGUUAUGAUAAAGGAAUGAUGAAUCAAUAGUUAACUUAUUAUGGAAAAGGUUUAGUUAUUGUAUUAGCACUAGAUUUUCAUUAUAAUGUGGCUCAAAUGCUUGAAAACAAGCAAGGUAACCAAAACCUGAGAGAGUUGCAAUAAAGAUGAUACCUAUGAUGCAAUAAAUAUGUCUUCCAAUAUUUUCA